CCACCUUGAGGCUUCCUAAACUUCAUAAUACGACGAGGGGGGAAUUUAUUGUAAAAAAAAAAUGAAAAAGAAAGAUAAAAGCAUCUCUAUGGACAAAAGGGCAACACCCUGACCCUAGUAUGGCUUUGAUGGUGUUCACAUUUUAACUGUUACUACUUGUGUUUGUAUUUUAUAUUCGCUCUGUGCGCCAUCGGUUAUGCCCUUGGGCUGUUGGUGGGGACUAAGUAAAUAAAGAACACGCAUAGAACGGCAUUUUUUUUUUCUUCUUCCGAAGUGACACGGUGCGAACAUUAGAGACUUCUGCUGCAGACAGCACGAGUGGCGAAGACGACAAAGUUACUGAUACACGCACUCGAAAAUCAUGUUCUCUCCCUGUCUCGCGUCUCAGUGCUGCAGUUGUGCUAGCGUCAGAUGUGGCCUCGCUGUCUACGCAUUUGUGGUCAUCGCGAUUAAUGGAUCCACCGCACUCUACAUGCUCCACCAGGAUUUACUGAGUCUGGAUAUCAUAUUCGCAAUAAGUGCGAUCCUUUGCGUCAUAAAUGUGAUUAUGCAUGUUUGGCUCUUAGUAAGCGUCGUUCUGCAAGUCCAGUCAUUAUUUGUAGUAUUCCAAUAUUAUCUGCUAAUUCACCUGGUCGCUUCAGUUAUUAUCCUUGGAUUCAAGAUAAACUGGAGUAUAUCCCAAGGUGUGGAAAACAGUAACACAACCACUACGACAGAAGCCUACCUCAAUGAAACCCUGUCGCUGAUGAACGAAACGUCGCUGAUGAACGAAACGGAGGUAACCACGAAGUCUUGGGAAGAUACAAUGGUUUCUGAGAUUUCGGAUCUCCUCCUGAUUUUCAUGCUCGGCAUCGACGCAACCAACAUAGUGACAGACAUUGUCUUGUUUGGCUUCACCCACUACUACAGCUUAUCCGUGACCGACAUGGCAACUGCACCACUGAAAGCGGCAACGGCGGUGGCGGCAACGGCGGCGGUGCCAGUUACCGCGAUUGCUUCAGUUGCUAGUCUAGCCGUCCGACGGCUCACUUUGCAGAAAUAGGUCACGUUGUGAUGCUUGAU